GAGCUCAAAAGUUUGAUGGAUGAACAGGCUAAGAGGCAAAUUGGAAUCACCAUUACCUUUGGCAAGCAAACCAAAACAAUGGAUUCCAACACCGCCUCUUCUCUGCUCGUCGUGGCUCUCCUCUGCAUCUUAUCGUCGUCCUCCACCGCCUUCAACAUCACCCGCAUUCUUGCCAACUAUCCUGACUUCUCCACCUUCAACAACCUCCUCACUCAAACUGGCCUCGCCCAACAAAUCAACACCCGCCAGACCAUCACCGUUCUGGCCGUCAGUAACAGUGGCAUGGGCGCUGUCUCCGGAAAACCUAUUGAUGUAGUGAAGAGGAUCUUGGGCGCCCACGUGAUUCUUGAUUAUUAUGAUCAGCCAAAGCUUCAAAAGAUUCAAAAAAAGAGCAGCAUUCUUACAACUCUUUACCAAACUACUGGUAUGGCAGACACUCAACAGGGUUUCUUGAAUGUUACCAAGACUCCAAACGGAAUCAUUUUUGGGUCUGCCGUGAAGGGUUCUCAGGUCACUGCUUCUCUUGAAGGAUCAGUGGCUGCACAGCCUUACAACAUUUCUGUGCUUCAAGUCAGCAGUAUCAUUGAGGCUCCUGGAAUUGAGAACAUGGCUCCUCCACCACCUCCUGCUCCCAAGAAAGCACCUGCUCCUGCUCCCACGAAAUCUGCUAAGACUCCUGCACCCGUCGCUGAGGAACCAACCGCUGAUGAUUCACCCACCGAGGCACCUACUCCUGCGGCAGAUGCACCUGAUGCUGAUGCACCCGGAAGCUCUCCACCAGAGCCUAACACACCACCUGCUGAUGAUUCCCCUGCUGCAGCACCUGCUGCUUCUUCAGCUCUGCACAAUGUUGUAAGCAGUGGUGUCGCUCUUGCCAUGGGGUUGGCGGCUUGCAUGAUUGUCUUCUAAGAGUUUGAGGAAAAACUUAAAAACACAAGAAAAAAGAAAAAAAUGGAAAAAGAGUGAUGCUAAAUCCCUUUCCAUUUAUAAUCACCCCUUUUCUGUUUCAAGUAUAUGUAUUAUCCAUCCUGUAAUUCUUUUGUUCAUAAUUGGGGCAUUCUUUGUUUUGUCGGAUUUCGAAGAAAUGACAAAUCUAGGGAUUCAAACUUGUCAA